AUGCAUGCCAACAGACGGGUCUCAGGUGUUGUUCAACUAUGGGCUUUAAACCAAAUGGGAAACGAAACGAUUCUACAAACAGCUGCGUGUGAGGGUAUUCAUGUCACUGCAUAUCAGCCUCUUGGUGGCAGGCCAGUGGCAGCUGCCAAUCCUAACAUCGAUCGCGCUGGCCGUCUUCUGGAUUUAGAUCGUGGCACAUUUGUGACCCCGAAAACCGUACAAGAAACUCGGAUGGUUAAGAACCGCGACAUUUUCAGGCUUGUUGAUGAUGAUAUAUAUACCCAUGGGUGUGGUGGUGUGGCCCGACCCACAGCAGACGUGGCCACUGCCUAUACACUGCAACCGCCAGCCGAAGCAUAG